AUGGACACAGAAGAAAGCGUGCACACUCUCCCAGACGGCCUUGAGCUGUAUGCCAAGACAUGGAAGACCAACGGGUCCCCACUCGCUGUUUUGGCCUUUAUCCAUGGCUUCAGUGACCACUGCAAUGCCUACAACGAUCUGUUCCCAACAUUGGCAUCGGCAGGCAUCGAGGUCAGGUCUUUCGAUCAGCGAGGAUGGGGCCGCAGCGUCAAACAAACCCGUGACCAGGGCAAUACAGGCCCAACCUCCCAAGUCCUCGCAGACAUCCACUCUUUCCUGAAAAGCCUACCAUCCCGCCCUGACUUGCCCCUCUUCCUAAUGGGCCACAGUAUGGGCGGUGGCCAAGUCCUCAACUACAUUUUCCACCCAGAGUCACCCUACAACCAAGACAAGACCAGCCGGCCCAACUUCAGCGGCGUACUUCUGUACUCCCCUCUAGUCGCCAUAGAUCCAUCAUCCCGCCCCUCAAAGCUGAUCGUCGCAGCAGGACGGAUUGUCGCAAAGCUGAUCCCCCAUAAGCAGCGUUAUUCGCCUCUUGAUGCGAAUCUGCUGUCUCGUAACAAGGUCACAGUCAAGGAGUUCGUGGAUGAUAAGCUGUGCCAUGAUACGGCGACUUUUGGGGGUUUGUCCGGUAUGUUGGAUCGGGGUGUUUGGUUGGAGGGGAUGUUCGAUGUGGAUGGGGAGUGGGUGAAGAGUGAUCUGCCGUUUUGGUUUGGACAUGGAGAUGGGGAUCUCAUUACUAGUUAUCCUGCGACGAAGGACUUUGCUAAGAAGUUGACGGAGAAGGGUGGUGAUGUGACCUUUUGUUCUUAUGAGGGGGCUUAUCAUAAGCUGCAUGCUGAGUUGCCUGAGACGACGGAGAAGUUUUUCGCAGAUGUGAAGGCUUUCAUUUUGAGCAAAGUGCCUAAGACGAAGGGGGCAGUUGUUCACGAUGAGGCAGAGGGUGUUCAGGCUGUUGAGGCUGACGGUGGUAUUGACACUGCCGUUCAUGGAGAUGUGGAGACCGAGGAUAAAGCGAAGCUGUGA